AUGUCGCGUCGGGAUGGUGAAGAAAUAUUACUUGGGGAUAGUGGAUACCCUGUUCGACCAUGGUUGAUGACUCCGUUUCUUAACCCCGAGACAGCAGCACAACGUCGCUACAACAAGUCCCACAAGAAAACGAGGUGCCUUGUUGAGAGGGGAAUUGGUCAAUGGAAACGACGGUUCAACUGCCUGCAUGGUCAACUCAGAUACAGCCCACAGAAAUCAUGCGAGAUAAUUGCGGUGUGUACAGCCCUUCAGAACAUUGCAGUUAACAGAGGACUGCCAGACUUCGAGGAUCUGCCUAUUGAGCAUCAGCAGCCACGGCAACCACAACCUGAUGAUGACCACGAAAAUGUUGCUGUACUUCCAGAUAGACCAAAUGGAGCUGCCGCCAGGAACGACAUUGUGAACAAUCACUUCCAGUAA